UAAUCCCCAAACACUUCCUUUGUUCUGUGUGGUACACUCCCAACUUUCCAAUUUCUCCAAUGAAUAACAUUCACAAUUUUUCUUCUUCCCCUUCCACUUCCGAAUCCUCUUCCUCCGAUUCCUCUCUCUCCGGCAAGCCUCCGCCGCCAAAUUCCUCCGUCCCUGAUAAAAUCAAAGGCCCAUGGAGCGCCGAAGAGGACCGGGUCCUGACCCGACUCGUCGAACGCUACGGCCCUAGAAAUUGGUCUUUAAUUAGUCGCUAUGUAAAAGGGCGCUCCGGCAAAUCCUGCCGCCUCCGUUGGUGCAACCAGCUCUGCCCCGGUGUCGAGCACCGCCCUUUCUCUCCCGCCGAGGAUGACGCCAUCAUCGCCGCUCAUUCCCGCUACGGUAACCGUUGGGCCACAAUUGCUCGUCUCCUUCCCGGCCGGACCGAUAAUGCCGUCAAAAACCACUGGAAUUCCACUCUCAAACGCCGUGUCAGAGACGACCGGAACUCCGCCGGUAAUCACACUUCCGACGCCGCCGCCGGCGGUUCGUUUCUCGCCGUCAAUGACGAUCCAUUGACGGCACUGACGCUCGCUACUCCUGGAAUGGUUGCCGGUGGUGAGGUGGUGCCGGAGUCCGACCGCCGGAGUGAGAGUCUGCCUGCCGGAUUCUGGGAAGUGAUGAAGGACGUUGUAGCGAGAGAAGUGAGAGAGUACAUGACGACGACGUUUUCGGAAAAUCCGGGAUUUCGUUAAAAUCUAAAGGGCUAAUAUGUAAAUUUACAAUUUAAUUAUGGAUUUUAAUGUCUCGUUAAAUUCUAUAUUAUUUUUGGGAUAAAAA